CCGGCUUUCCCAUUUCCACUUCGCCCUGUUUCAGAACUCCGUGAACAGCCUGUCUGCAGAGUAGGGACCCCAGCCUACCUCCAAUUGUAUGGGUCGAGUACCUCAACCCGUCAAAUAGCCGCACGCUGCGAGCCUCGCCCUCGGUAACUCCCUUCCGCUCCACAUCCCCGAAGGUCGCCCUCACAGAGUUUAUUCGCCUCCUACCCUAUUUUGCCGCAGGACGACCAGCACUAGAUGGAGCCCAUCUAUCCCGGAAACUUCGACAGGCGCCGUCGCAAUGUCCAUGCCGUACCACACCCAAAUACCUUCGGGAGAACCUCGCUGGUCACCAUGCGCCACGCUUUUGGCGCUUCAGAAGCAUGCAUUACUCGGGCUCGUUCGAACUCUUCCAGACAACCGAAUUCGUCAUACGUCGCAGGCAAUUCAACGACUCCUGCGGGCGCUGACACGCACACUGGCGGAAAUUGCGCACGCCAUUCACGAUUUGGUCUCGUACACACCGUCUCUCAAGACCCACAUUGCGCCACCAACACGAUCGGCAAUGUGCCGCCGACAUCAUCGUCAGGCACCCGCAUUGACUACGGGCGCUCAACUCACAGUACCGUCCAGUCAUUGCGCGAAUGGCAGUUGCAGUACGCGUCUGGAACGGAGCAGACGUCGGCUACAAAUGCAUCGUCGCAAGCACGGUCCGACGUUUACAGCUACGAACAUCGGUUUCCCGACCUCGAUCGCAUUGUCACCGAAUCUCGAUGGCCACGUGACGAUGUUGUCAUGCGCCUUGCGCGCCGGACCGCUCUACACCAGGAGAGUCCCGAGCCUAGUGCUACACAAAUAUCUCAGGCUACAAGAUGGCCGACUCACACGAGUGAUACACCACAAAUGGUGGCUAUGGACAUCGACAUUAACCAUGGCUUCCAACAUCGAUACCCCGCACAAUUUGCGAACGAGCACUAUACUUCCGAGAGUCGAGGGUUUGGGACUGCCCCUUGGCAUGGCUCUAUUGAGGGUUUUCGUGGUAACGAAUCUCAAGCUGCCGUUCGAAAUCCUCUCGACAAUGGACAAUAUUGCGACAUAGAUACCUUCACAUCAAACACCUUCCAAAGCUCCCCCGCGCGGAGAUUACCUCCCCCGACUACGAUGGUACAACGACCUCUGUUAGCGUCUUAGAUUCCUACGGUAACCUCGAGUCAGCAGACUCGAAAUCCCUCACGACACGUUCGGAGUGACGGAACAAACUUCCAUUUUCACGGACCCGAUGCUUCACAGCA